UCACUGACCAAAGUCUUGAGCUCUAUUUUAAACACCAAAGAAACAGAAAAUGAAAUGUGGAAGACAACUUUUGGCAUUGCCAUUUCUUCACCUUGCCUUCUCUUUGCUUCUUUGUUUUGGUGCUUGUCCAGAUGCAAGAAGACAUGGUAAUGGGAGAAACUCCAACCAGAAGGCAAGCAGCGGUGGUGAAAAUACAUGGUGCAUUGCGAAGCCAUCAACAGAGAAUUUCAGGCUCAAUGGCAACAUCAAUUACAGCUGCUCACAAAAAGGAGUGGAUUGCAAGCCAAUCCAACCUGGUGGUACCUGCUACCGCCCCAACACCAUUGUCUCUCAUGCUUCUUACGCCAUGAAUCUCUUCUACAAGGUUGCAGGGAAGAAUAGUUGGAACUGUCAUUUCAAUGGCACUGGCAUUAUCAUUUCAGAGAACCCAUCCAUUGGUAGCUGUAACUAUCCAAUGUGAUGAUCGAAAAAGCCCGACAACUGUUGUGGAAGACAUGUUUCUUCAAUGUUUAAUUUUGUUGUGUCCUCUGUUUUAGUUUUGAAAAAUAAUUUACAUGCAGUAUAUUAUUUUCAUACUCCCCCAUAGUUAUUGGUAUUGUAUUGGUAUCGAUUAUAUCGAUUAGUACAUUCUAUUUUGUUCUUAAUAUAAGUA